UUGGCCUUCAAUGAAGAGAAAGGGACUGGGUGAUUUAUCAAACAGGCUGAAAUUGGAGAACUCUGGUAGAAAAAUCAGGUGACAAAAUGCCGAUUCUGUUCUCCGUGGUGUCUAGAGGGAGUACAGUGUUAGCCAAAUAUGCCAGCUGUGCGGGUAACUUCACUGAAGUAUCAGAACAAGUGCUGGCCAAAAUUUCUCCAGAAAAUGCCAAGUUGACAUAUUCACAUGGCAGUUAUCUAUUCCACUACAUCACUUCAGACAGGAUAAUCUUUCUGUGCAUCACAGAUGAUGAUUUUGAAAGAUCAAAGGCUUUCCAGUAUUUAUCAGAAAUCAAAAGAAGGUUUAUAACUCAGUAUGGGACGCGUGCACAGACAGCUCUCCCGUAUGCCAUGAACAGUGAGUUCUCCAGAGUCCUUGCAGCACAAAUGAGACACUUUUCUGACUCAAGAGAAGGUGCAGAAAAGCUGGAAAAAGUUGAAGGACAGGUUGAUGAACUCAAGGGAAUUAUGGUAAAAAAUAUUGAUGCGAUAGCUGACAGAGGGGAGCGUCUUGAACUUUUAAUUGACAAAACUGAAGAUCUUGCUGAUGGAGCAGUCACUUUCAAGAAAACCAGUCGGAAUCUUGCACGAUCUCUCUGGUGGAAAAACAUCAAACUCACAGUAAUCAUUGUUGUUAUUGUCAUAGUUAUAAUAUACUUUAUUGUGUCAGCGGCAUGUGGGGGUUUAGAUUGGCCAUGUACAAGGAAGUGAACCUGCCUGUGCUAUUUGUGUUGUGGGAGAAAUUGCUGUCAUUGAGUCUUGGAGCAGAAAGACUGCAAAUGGACUCCAGGGAUAGACAGGGCAGUAUUUUAGUCUGGGUUGUGAAGAAUUGUGCCGAGUUUGUAAAUGCGCCUGAAUUCUUCAAUCCAUACCUGCCAUUUUUAUCUAAUAUUGUAUUAAAAGCUCCAUCAGACACACAUUUGUAUGAUAAUUAGCUCAUUUAUGUAAUGUCAAAUUUGUCUGCAAAAUUUGUGUGAUUUUACUGUGGUAAGUAGAGAUCAGAAUGAAUAUGCGCCAAAUUGCAACCUUGUCAGUUUCGACAAUAUGUACAUUCCCAUAUUUAUUUUCUACUCUUAGAUGCCUCUAGUCAGUAGCUGCUUGUUAUCUGACUAAGUCCAGUAGGGUGGGCAUAUUGGUGUCCUGAUUCUAUACUGGUCAAAACCACCCAAAAUAGGCAGUGGGGUUGGGAUGUUGGUAUCCUGAUUCUAUACUGGUCAAAACCACCCCAGAUAGGCAGUGGGGUUGGGAUAUUAAUAUCCUGAUUCUAUACUGGUCAAAACCACCCAAGAUAGGCAGUGGGGUUGGGAUGUUGGUAUCCUGAUUCUAUACUGGUCAAAACCACCCCAGAUAGGCAGUGGGGUUGGGAUAUUGGUAUCCUGAUUCUAUACUGGUCAAAACCACCCAAAAUAGGCAGUGGGGUUGGGAUGUUGGUAUCCUGAUUCUAUACUGGUCAAAACCACCCCAGAUAGGCAGUGGGGUUGGGAUAUUAAUAUCCUGAUUCUAUACUGGUCAAAACCACCCAAGAUAGGCAGUGGGGUUGGGAUGUUGGUAUCCUGAUUCUAUACUGGUCAAAACCACCCCAGAUAGGCAGUGGGGUUGGGAUAUUGGUAUCCUGAUUCUAUACUGGUCAAAACCACCCAAGAUAGGCAGUGGGGUCGGGAUGUUGGUAUCCUGAUUCUAUACUGGUCAAAACCACCCCAGAUAGGCAGUGGGGUUGGGAUAUUGGUAUCCUGAUUCUAUACUGGUCAAAACCACCCAAAAUAGGCAGUGGGGUCGGGAUGUUGGUAUCCUGAUUCUAUACUGGUCAAAACCACCCCAGAUAGGCAGUGGGGUUGGGAUAUUAAUAUCCUGAUUCUAUACUGGUCAAAACCACCCCACAUAGGCAGUGGGGUUGGGAUAUUGGUAUCCUGAUUCUAUACUGGUCAAAACCACCCCACAUAGGCAGUGGGGUUGGGAUAUUGGUAUCCUGAUUCUAUACUGGUCAAAACCACCCCACAUAGGCAGUGGGGUUGGGGUAUUAAGAAUGUAGAAUUGCGAGCUGAUGUUUGUAUAUAACUUAUGUAUAGAAAUUCUGCCAUGACCUAAAUGUACAUUCAUUCAUUCGGUUUUGCAAUAUUUUAAUUGUCAGCUAUGAUCAUCAUGCUGUACAGUGAAAUGUUUGUUGGGGUGAGGUGUCAGAAUGACAAUACUGUGAUCUUUCCUAAUCAAAUGAAACAGUCUACAGUAUUAAGACUUUGGUUUAUAGAUUUUAGGAUGUGAAAGUGUCUUGAAUUGUUGUUAGGGCAUGUAUCAUGGCAAUGCUGUGAGGGGCUGAGAAUGAAACACUAUCCUAAACAUCAGAGUAUAAUGUAAUCGCUUCUCCAUAAAUCACAUUAUAGUGUAAACUCUACACUAAACAUCCUGGUAUGACUUAAACACUACCGUAACCAGCACAAUAUAAAGUAAACAUGACCCCGAACAUCACAGUAUGAUGUUAACUUCAUACUAUGUUGUGAUGUUUAACCAUAAACAUCACAAUAUAAAGUACACACAACCCAAUUGCCAUCAUUCAAAAUUCUAUGUUAGGCAAAUCCAGACCCUCUGUUUUUCUUUUUAGUGUGGGUCAAAAAGAAGAUAUGGAUUUGAAAGAAAUUAACAUUCGAAUAAAAUUUUUUUUGAAGCUCAAGGAACUUUUUUAAUGAUGACUUAAACAUGAUAGUACAAUGAAAAUGCUACCCUAAACAUCAUAGUACAAUGUAAACCUUACCUUAAACAUCAUAGUACAAUGUAAACACUACCUAAGCACCAUGGUACAAUGUAAACGCUACCCUAAACAUCAUAGUACAAGGUAAACACUACCUAAACAUAAAGGUAUUCUGUAAGGAUAACCAUAAUUGUGUAUGCAACUUUUAUGUUAAUCCUUACUUUUUAUUGCCUGUAUACUUAAGCAAGGCUAGUAUGGCUUAUGUGCAUGCAUAUACCAGUAUCUCUCGCAUAUGAAAACACCUGGGUAUUUGUCCAUCUCUCACAUUAGCAGGCUGUUGUUAUGCAGUACAUGUACUCAUCAGUAGCUUAUGGUAUUCAGAUAGACUUCUGUACAGAGCAU